GCCACCGCCCCACGCAUGCUCGCCGCCGCUGCCGCCGCCGCGCCGAGCCGAGCCGAGCGGGACGGGACCGGACGGGACGGGACAGGACGGGACCGGGCGGGGCGAUCCGCCGCAGGGCUGCCUGCACCGUGUUCCCCGCUCCACCAGCCACAGCAGCGCCUGGAUCCUGCUCCCGAUCCUGCUGCGCCGGGAGAAGGCUGAAUUUUACGACCCGUGGCGGGACUAGCAUGGGAGAAGCCUUCCCUGGGCAUGGGCAGCGCUAAGGAGCCCGAGGGGCUGCAGGUGCUGAGCUGCCAGGCCGGGGCUGAGGACGCCUGCGAGCCCAGUGCCAGCUCCCCUGGCUGCCCCACGACAGGCGAGUGCCUGCCCGGCUCCGGCUGUGCGGCGGGAGCCCGUGCCAUGAGGACCUGCUGUGGGGCUGAGGCAGAGUCUCAGGGCACCAAGGCCAGCUCAGUGGCAGAGAAGAAGUUGCCAUCACCAGCAGGAUCAGCUCCUGGCACACUUCUCCAGGACACCAGCACAGAGCAGAGUGUGGCAGCAGUGACAGGGAGCUGCGGAGGAUCGAGUGGUGCUGCCUCUGCCUGUGGUGCCACAGGGAUGGGGGUCCCCAACACCCAGAAGGAGGAUGCAGCCCCUACUUCCCCUGUGCCCGAUCCCUGCCUCCAGGCAACCAGCAAGGACACGGGGAGCACGCCAGCUCUUGCCAAACAUGUGGCAUUUGUGGAGCCCACUGCAAGCAUCGGGACAGCUGAGCUUCCAAGCCAGGAGCAGCCCCAGGAUAGCAAAGGGACAUCCCUGGGUGCUGCUCCCCAGACAAAGAGCAGUGAGGCUCCCAAGCACCCCCAGGGAGGCACAGCAGACCCCCCCAGCACCAGCACUGCAGGAACUGGGGGUCGAAGUGAGCCAGGACCAAGCUCCACUGCUCUGGGGCAGGGCAAAGCCGAGGGGAGCUCAGCCCGGGAUGUGAGUGCUGGGAGCAGUCAGCAGCCCCAAACAGCCAAACAGCUCUGUGAAUCCUACUCCUUUGAAGUGACCCCACCCCAGGACGCUGGGACACAAGACAUGGGGACGCAGGUGGACAGCCGUGUGUCCCUGGUGUCGGUGGCCUUAAGCCCCAUGAGCCCCCCAUGUGGGGCUGCUGCCUUCACCUUCCCCAAGAGAGAGACGGCCUCUGCAGCCCCACGCCUCGAACCCUCCAAGAAGGACGCGGAGAUGCAGGUGUCCAUGCCUGUGGAGACCCGCUCAGUGGCCACUGGGCCGAUGACACCGGUGGCCAAGUCCCCGCAGACCUCAUAUCCCGAGGUGCAGGUGAAGGGGACGGUGCCGGAGGUGGUGGAGGAGGAGCCUCCGGAGCCCAUCCGGGAGGUGAGCUGGGAUGAGAAGGGGAUGACGUGGGAGGUGUAUGGGGCCUCCAUGGAGGUGGAGGUCCUGGGCAUGGCCAUCCAAAAGCACCUGGAGAAGCAGAUUGAGGAACACGGGCGGCAGGUGGUGGUGACCCCGCAGACCACGCGCACCGGCUCCGUCAAGGGAGGGCCCCGCAAAGGCGAGGCCAAGAGGCAGCCCAGCGUCUUUCGGGCUCUGCUGCAGAACGUCCGGCGGCCCCGGUGCUGCUCCCGCGCCGGCCCUGCCAUGGAGUGAGUUGCUGCCUGUGCUGGCAGGGUGGGGGUGCCUCGGGGCUUCUCAGAGAAAGUGGGGAUGGGUCCCUGCCCUGGCGUCCUGAGACACCCGGUGCCAGUGUGCAGGGCUGUGGUGGCGAUGGAGCACUGCACACUGGGACAAGGUGUCUCCUUUGCUGGGGUCCUCCCUGUUGGCCUGAGGUACCCCCAUGAGUGUAGCCCCAUGGAGGGGCCCUUGGACAUGAGACUGGUGCCCUGUCUCUGUGCUUGGUGGCUUUUUUCAGCACGAGGAAGCACGUGGCUCCUUCCAGAUGGAGGCAGCUGCUCCUGUGCGUCUCCUGCCCGUGGCACAGGUCUGAAGAUGGCUCAAGGUGGGUGCUGCUGGCUGCCCUGAACUCUGGCACUCCAAGCAGCAGCAUCACUUCCCAUUCUGGAGAUACACUGGUGCAUCACCCUGCCAUUGCUUUGCCUGUCCAGGGCUUGGCCACACUCCAACAAGCCCAUGGCUGUGUAUGUGUGGGUCCCCACAGCUGCCCACAGCAGGCACCCACCCCCCAGCUGCCCUGUCCUCUCUGCCCUGCUGCUGUGCUGUGGGUGCCCUGGAGCAGGAUGAUGUGGCCACACAGGGCACCAGGACAGAUCUCAAAUGAGAGAGACAGGGGCAACCACCUGUGUGAUGGAGAGCUGCUCAUCCCUGUCACCAUGGCUGGAGGUGCUUGGGGAGUCUUGCCCCCAUGGCCCCCAGCUCGACCUGCCUGGAAGCAGCACAUCCUCGCCACGCCUGGUGGUGGGCACGAAGCCUGCCCUGCUUGCAGGCCUGUCCAGCUGCCCCA